CUGAAGAAUGUGGCUACCUCUGUUGCUGCUAGUAUUAGUGCUAAUACUUCUGUAUAGGUGGCACAGGCAGAGCCAGAUACUGCAGAAUAUCUCAGAUAAAUAUGUGCUGAUCACUGGAUGCGACACGGGAUUUGGGAACCUACUGGCAAAACAGCUAGAUCAACAUGGACUGCGAGUCCUCGCAGCCUGUCUGACAGAGAAAGGGGCUGAGGGCCUAAAGAAGGAGACUUCUACCAGAGUACAGACAUUGAUUUUGGAUGUUUCUGAUAAUCAAAGUGUUAGCUCUGCAGCUGAAUGGAUAACUCGCAUUGUUGGAGAUUCAGGACUAUGGGGCCUGGUGAAUAAUGCUGGGAUCUGUAUACCUGUGGCUGCUAAUGGAUGGCUGAAGAAGGACGACUUUGUAAAGGUUCUCAAUGUGAAUUUGCUGGGAACUAUUGACAUGACACUGAACCUGCUCCCGCUAAUCAUGAAAGCAGGAGGAAGAAUUGUUAAUGUAUCUAGUAUUUUUGGCAGAGUAUCAGCACUUGGAGGUGGUUACACUGUAUCAAAAUUUGGAGUGGAAGCUUUCUCUGACAGUCUUCGGAGAGAACUUUGUGAUUUUGGGGUCAAAGUUUCCAUUAUUGAGCCAGGGGGUUUUAAAACACAAAUUUGCGGCCCUUCUGCAUUUGAAAGCCUGGAACAAAUAUGGGAGAAUCUCCCAGCAGACACAAAAAAGAGCUAUGGAGAGAAAUACUAUCAGACAUCACCGAGGCUCCCCCCAGAGCAGCUUACCUCUGCUCCUUGCGUGACAUCAUGGAGGAGGCAUGGCCUCCAAAAUUCAGUUAAAAAGAUGUUUCAAGUUGUGCCUGAAACGAGCAGUUCGGCAUUGUACAAAGUAACAGACUGUAUGGAACACGCAUUAAUUGCCUGUUACCCGUGGACCCGUUAUUCAGCUGGAUGGGAUGCAAAGCUAUUUUUCAUCCCACUCUCAUACUUACCAACAUGCGUCUCAGACUAUGUAAUGGGUCAGCGUAAAACACCUCCUAAGAAAGUAAAAUAAUGAUCCAUGCCAGCCAACCAACGUAAAUAUCUGUUUAGAUAUCUUCAUUUUCUCGCGUAGUGUGUGCUUAUUUUUCAUGCUUCAAUAGGUUGGUGACAACAUAUAUACCAAGAUGUCCGAAAAUAUAUUAUAUACAAAUCACAUUACCGCAACCAUAUUUUUGCCAAAGAUAUUACUAUUUUAUUGUUGGAGACUGCACACAGAUGAAAAACAUGUAUUUUUACAAAAACAACAGCCAGUGAUCUCACAACUAUGCAACAGUGUACAACAAUAAACUAAAAAAACUGCA